CUACGAAUCUCAUCCCCCGCCAUUCCUUCUUUCUUCCGCCGUCGAGGUCGCCAAUCCUCCUCCCCUUCCUGUUCGCCGGCGUACAUCUUUAGCUCGUCGGUGGCCUGCAAAACAGAGCAUCUGGACGCAGGGGAACAACCACAACAACAACGAUUCACCACACACGCAUACAGAAUCAUCGUCGUCGUCCUGUCCGGAGCAUGAGCCAUCGAUUUUGUUGACCUCCAAACGGCCGCCUGAAAACUCUAUCCUCACCACCGCCCCUAAAAAACCAACAUUAAUUAAUUCUAUACCAAAUGGCACCUCCAAACGGAGCCGCCGCCGACCUCACACAACCCUUGGUCGACUCUCACCUCCACCCGGACCCGCUCCCUUCCCCCAAAUCUCCCCCGCCGCCGCCUGCAGAGCCGCCCCACUGCGGCAGCAACGAGCUCGAAAACGUCCUGUCCGAUUCCAACCUCCCCUUCGUCCGUCAAUUUUCGAUCUAUGGAUCCGAAUUCAGCCUGCGACAACAAUCCCUUAUUAAGGCCGAUCUCGGUCAGAGAUUGAGAGAGCUGCCAUGGAGAGAACCGAUCCUCUUCUAAUUGCAGAUCUACUGGUAAUAUCUCAACCUCGAAAAGCUUACAUCUCCGACGAAAUCAUUAAAUUUACUGUUCUCAAAGCCCUCACUGUCAUCCGAGCUACCAUCCCUUAGCUACUAUUUUACCAUUUACUCCAUCAAUCGGGUCGCCGUUGCAAGAUCCAACUAAUGGAGUUCCCCAUCUUGAGAUUCUUGUAUUUUCCUAGCUUGGAUGAAUGAUCCCAAUACUUCUAUUGGUGGAAUGCAUGAUGCUAUGGACGAAGAGUUGUAAUUCUCAAAGCUGAG